UUCAUUCGCAAUUCUAUGGUCUCUGCAGAGAGCCGAUCGUCUGCUCCUCACUCACCAUAACAACUUCUCUGCCCGUCCAAAAAAAAAAUAAAAAAUCGCCGCAGAUGAUCCCGCCGGGAAGUUCACCUGACCGUUCCUAUUAUCUUCGCCGUCUACAAAUGUGAUUGUUUUAUGAGCAUGUGUGGCUGUCAUAUUCGUUGAAGUAAGAGCUGCAAGAUGUCUUUCCAUGACAAGGACUUUUGGAUACCCAAAUGUGGUGGACAUCCAUCUGAUGGAGAAGCAGUUUUCGAUAGCUCAUCGAGAAUCGACGUGAAACGUGCUCACCAAUUGUUCUCCAGUGCUGCUGAACCAGAGUUAUUCCCUAACAAGAAACAAGCUGUCCACACUUCACUCGGCAAAUCAACUUCGGAAAUUGCAGUGACAAAUUCUACCUGUUGGGAUACUUCUUCUGAUCUUCCAUCAGGGGCAAACCAAUUCAUCGAUAGGUUGUUGGGAGUUGAUACCACCAGGCUGGUCGACUUAACCGAGAGAAACAUAUCUCCUGUUAACACAGGUAACUCCACCAUAAGGAAAAAGGUAAUUGACGACCAAAUUGGAGAUGAUCCAUUAGUUGGUUUGUCAAUGUCUUACACUAUUGAAGAACCACAGAUAUGCAUAAGCGACGGUAGAAUCAGAAAAGUUAAUGUCAAUCAGGUGGAGGAUUCAGAAAAUGCUUUUCAUUCACCAAUUGAAAACAACAUUAAUAUGUCUAUCAGUCUGAUACAUAAUGGGGCAAGUGAAACAUCCUUUUUAUCCAUGGGUCAGGCAUAUGAGAAGGAAGGUGAAAGUCAGGCUUACAAUCCUGGGGCUAUCAGAUCCAAUGUUGAGAAAAGUCACAGCACUACACCAAUUGCUGACUCCUAUACCAGAGGGGAUUCUGACACAAUAUUUGGAUUUGAAUUGGUGUCUGAUAUUGAUGCUCUGGCAAGGCCAAUUAGCAGUUAUGAUUAUUUACAUUAUCAAUCAUCACUUCACGCAUCAGAAACACAUUGUGACAAGCAGCUGGAGGGAUCAAAUACUAACACAGUCGAUAUCUCCUCUCAGAUGUCAAAACCUAGGACUGAUUCCCUGCCAAAAAACAAAUCGGAGUCUAAACCUGCACAUAAAGGUGCUCCUAACAGCUUUCCUUCGAAUGUUAGAAGUUUGUUAGCAACAGGAAUUCUUGACGGGGUGCCUGUAAAAUACGUCUUGUCCCGGCAGGAGCUUCGUGGUAUUAUAAAAGGUUCUGGCUACCUAUGCGGUUGUCAACCAUGUAAUUAUUCAAAGGUGCUUAAUGCCUAUGAGUUUGAGCGUCAUGCUGGUUGCAAGACGAAGCACCCUAACAAUCACAUAUACUUUGAGAAUGGUAAAACCAUCUACCAGAUAACCCAGGAGCUAAGGAGCACGCCACAAAGUUUGUUGUUCGAAGCAAUUCAAACCGUGACUGGUUCCCCCAUCAAUCAAAAAGCUUUCCAGAUUUGGAAAGAAUCAUUUCAAGCUGCAACUCGAGAGCUCCAGCGAAUAUAUGGGAAAGAAGAACUGAAUCUAUAAGUUCAAUGUUGGUGGAAUGAUAAAAUAAAGAAUAUUCUCUGCCCUAUUUUAGUCAGCCAUGUAUCUGUAAAGAUUGUGAUGUAAAAUAUGUGCACUUUAUGCUUCAUCAAUUGUAAUUUGACAGUGCAAACGUUUAUGAACAAAAAUAUGUGUCAUAUCGAAUAGCGAUUGCAAUGGCCAAUGGCAGCAUCGAUGUACUAUUUUCUCCUUUUGUGAUUGCAUCUACAAAAUUUAAAGUUUUCUCA